AUGAUUAAGUUACCUUACCCUCAGAGAGUGACAAAGAAGGGUCCAAAAGAGAAAGACUUUGAGAAAUUCGUCACAAUGUUCAAAAACUUAGAGAUCAAUAUGCCUUUCUUUGAAGCACUCGAGCAAAAGCCCAUGUGCCAAAAAUUCAUGAAAGAGGUAAUCUCUAAAAAGAGAUCAAUAAGAGAUGGGUCGGUAACCUUUAAUGAAAAAUGUAGUGCAAUAUCACCAGGUAGGAGAAUCCCAAUCAAGCAGAAGGAUCCUGGAUCUAUCACAGUCCCAUGCACUAUAAAAGACAGAACUUUCAAGAAUGUAGUAAUUGAUUCAGGAGCCAGUGUGAGUCUGAUGCCAUUGUCAAUAUAUCAAAGGCUUGGAAUUGGAAAUGUCAGUGAUACAAGGACAAAUCUGAAAUUUGCAUAUCACUCCAUAAAGAAAGCAUAUGGGAUAGUGGAAGACGUACUGGUGACAAUAGAAGAAUUUAGUUUUCCUGUUGAUUUUUAUGACCAUAGACAUACUUGA